CCGUUUUGCAAAAGUCUUCCACUGCACACGAAAACUUGAUCAGGACAGGGAGCCAUAAUAGUGCCGCGCAGGAGGGUGCGAAACAUCUGAGGAGGGCUGAUAGUAUUCCAGGCGUGAAUUUGUUUGAGUGAAUUGGUGUGAAGGCAAGUCACUUCUUAGAAGCUAGCCAGCAGCCAUGCCGAAGGUUCAGCCUCCUGAGCUGAAGAAGUUCAUGGACAAGAAGCUCAGUGUCUCCCUCAACGCCAACAGGCAGGUGACCGGCGUGUUGCGCGGCUUUGACCAGUUCAUGAACAUCGUGCUGGACAACGCUGUGGAUGAGAAGAACAAAACAGACAUUGGGAUGGUGGUCGUGAGAGGCAACAGCAUUAUCUCUUUGGAGGCACUUGAGCGCUUGUGAUGAUGUGGCAUUGCUCACCAAUGACGGCUGCCAAGGAGCUUUGAAAGAUAGUACUUGCAAAGGGCUGGCACGCUUGCACUGAGGCCUCCUUUGAGGAAGCACAUGACACUGUAGCAAUGUGACCCCUGUGGAUAGCUGCUCAUUACAGAAACCUCGCUUUGAAUCACUGGGUUUACAGAAAGGGAGUUUCCAAGGAAAGCAGGGGUGGAAUGGACUCCAAUCUGGAAUGCAUGCUGACACCGGUGUACUGAUGAUCAAAGCUUGUUGACGUGGACUCAUGAUCAAUAGCACAUUGUACCCAUAUGACAGUCGUGAU